CUAGUAUAUAAAUGAUAACUUUGCCGUUUGGGAAAUGGCGUUGCAGGAAAGAUAUUGACUCCGAAGUAGCUGAUUAAGUAUAUAAUUUAGAAAAAAAAUCUGGUAGAUAGCUCUAUAAAGUUCUAAUGCAAUUAUUCUGUACUUUUUAUAAAAAUGUGGCACGAGGCAAGGAAACAGGAGCGAUUGAUUCGUGGUAUGAUAGUUGAUUAUCGCCGAAGAGCUGAGCGACGCAAGGACUUCUAUGAAAAAAUUAAAGCAGAACCGACACAGUUUCUACAAUUUCACGGAAGAGAAUGCAAAAUUCAUUUAGACCCAGCUGUUGCAGCCGCUGGGGAGGGCCCCGCCAUUAUGAUGCCUUGGCAGGGUGACAAGAAAAAUAUGAUAGACAGAUUUGAUGUGCGGGCACAUUUAGACUUUAUACCUGAUGUGAAAAUACCUGAUAUUCCUCCAGAAGAUCUGUCUCAAGAGGAGAGGCAGUGUAACUAUGAGAGAUACAGAAUCCUAGCACAGAAUGCUUUCCUUGGAAUAAGUGAAGACAAGUUUCUCCAGCAGCUAGCUAUUGAAGAACAAUUUGGUGUCACUGUAGAAGAAAAGGAAACACAUAAGGAGAAGUUAAGUGAAAAGAAAGGGGCAGGUGCAGCUAUAGGAUACAAUUAUAAUGAUCCUGGGGCUCAACCAUCCAGCUAUAACGGCCCAGAAGUCAAAAAGAAAGAGGCUGACGCAAAGGAUUCUGAUGAUGAUUCAGAUUUGGACAUCAUUGAUGUUGAUCUAAGUAUUGAUGUCAACAAAAUGGAGGCUUCACAGGCUCACGAGUUGAACGCGGUGGGACCACAAUUUGGUAUGGCGGGCUGUGAUCUGUUCUCCUUUCUGACGGGAGACGCGGACGAUGCAGAACAUCAGAAGCAAUUAAUGCGAGAGGAGAAAGAGAAGGCCAUGUUCUCUGGAAGAAAGAGUAGACGGGAACGUCGCGCACAUCGGGACAAGAAGCUAGCAACACGUGUUGUAAGCCCACCAAGCUACGCCGCUCCGUCGUCGUUCGCGCCCGCCAGUCGGUCACCUAGUCGCUCGCCGUCCCGAAGCCCGUCACCGGAACACAGCGCUAUAGAGUUCAUUACCUCCUUUGGUCCAGAGGAGGAGGAAAAGCCACCACAACUGUCAAAGCCUUUGUAUGCAGAUAAACUGAAGCAAAACUUGAAGAAGCCUGAUAUGUUGUAUUCUGAAGCUGUUAGAAAACCAAGACCCCGGUCAAAAUCGAUCGACCUGACGCGUCCUAAAAUCGGUCCUCGUGGACCGAACUCAGUUUCCCGCUCCGCAUCGCGAUCGAGGUCAAGGUCAAAGUCGCACUCGUCGAGGUCGAGGUCACGCUCCAGAUCAUCCAGGUCGCGCUCCAAAUCCUUCGCCCCAUAUAGACGGACAAGGUCGCGAUCGAGGUCGAGGUCGCGUCCCCCAAAUUACAGGAGACGAUCUCGGAGCCGUCUUUCCAAUCUUGCUAGUGGCUAUGCAAACCAUAAUAGAUCCAGGUCAAUUUCAUUUGAAAGUAACGAAAAGAGUGCGGCUCAGAAAAAGGCGGUUCCAAGAUAUUACGGGCGGCGAAAGGAGGAUAAGUCGUCGAGCGAAUUGUCCUUAGACUCUGAUUCCAGCGAUUCACCUGAUGAUGAAAAAAAUAAGUCAGCGGUGGGCAAUAAAUCAAACACAAACCAGAAUCAGUUACGAUUGUCUGGAUCCAGCGCCAAAGGCCCGUCGCGGGAGACAAUAUCAAUGAAAGAAAAGUUAAAAAGGAAAAUGCAGGCACAGUUAUCCAGGCAAUUGCGCGCAGACAAGCGGGCUGAGGCAGAGCGUUUGGAGCGAGAGUCGCGCAAGCAGGCGCGGCGCGAUGAAGAGAUGCGGGAACUGGCCAUCAAACUGCGUCGCAAACAACGUGAAAUGAGACAUCAGCGUUGUCGUCGUUCCAGCGAGGAAGAUUCCGACAGAAGUCGCAGCGGCUCUUCUUCAAGACAAUCUCCGCACUCAGAGAAGAAGAGAGAUGCCCGAAGUCGUUCAAAAAGCAAGCCACCGCAAGAAAAACCUAUACCUGUCUGGGAUGUCCAUAAAGAACCUUCUCCACCACCAUACAAACCUAAACUUCCUGAAAUGGGAGCAAUCCAGUAUUUAACCAAAAAGAGAAUUCCAGAGAGCUCAGAGGGUUAUUUCAGAGAUACCAGAAUCGAUGACAAUAGAGAACAAGGCUCUCAGAAUAGAUACGAUAAAUACCCGAACCGUGAGCCUGGAAGAUAUAGUGAUAACUUUGCCUAUGAACGUACCAGUAGAUUUGACCAGGACAGGCACCUUCCACCCAAUAUGAGACGCCAGCUCAGCCAAAGAGGGGGCUAUAGGAACCAAUAUGUUAGGGAUUCUGAACAAAAUUAUGGCGACAACUCCCGAUAUCGCGAUCCCGAACACAGUUACGGUGAUGGCCCCUCUAACCGCUAUCGAGAGAACAAAGAUUACGGUGACGGCCCAUCAGGGCGCCAUCGAGAUUCUGAGCAAAAUUAUGGCAUGGAUGGGCCAUCGUCUGGCAGAUAUCGCUCUGGACAAAAUUAUGGCGAGGGUCCCUCGAGCAGGUAUAGAAACGACCAAGACAGACAAUCGAAUAAUUACAGAAACAAAGUUAAGCUUGUAGAUUACUAAGUUAAAUAGAUUAUCGCCAAAUUAGUAUGGUUAUGUAUCAUAAUUAGAUAAGUGUAAUGUAAUUAUUAUUAAUAAAACAUUAUGUGCUGA